UAUUAUUUACAUUUGCUACUUAAAAGAAUAACCAUACAAGUUUUAAUCUUUUCUCAGCCACGCAUUCCAAGGGAGAGUACGUAUAGUUAUAAAAUCAAAUUUCAAAGGAAUCUGUGUAAAGGCUCAGAAUUCAUUUUUCCGCCCAACAUUAGACUUUUCUCUUUACACGAAACUACCCCCCAAACAUAUGUAUUUGACCUACUAGCGAAAAUGGUUCUCCAUUAGUAGGACACGUGAAAUAUUUUAAUGAAUUCGCUGAGAGUACGAUAAAUGUAUCGAAAUGAAUUUACAACCGAGUUUAACAAAUAUGAAAAGCGUGCAUUUAAUAUUUGAUUCGAUGUUCUUUUUAGGUUUCGUUGUAUCCUCGAUGGAAUCUCCCACCACGGUACUGCCCACCCUCGAACCAGUGGCGCGCCAGUGGCGCCUUUCGUCCCGAUAGUAGGGCGUGUUGGGGUGGCAGUAUCUCCGUAGCGCUGACAGAGAUUAGGGGUUGCUUAACGUCGCGUAUCUAUCGUGCCGCUCUGCCACCCUUUUCUCCUCCUCACUUCUCACAUUUCCUAUUUUCUUCGCACACGUACACACAAGCGCGCACGCACGCACACACACACACACGCGCGCGCGCGUGCAAGCAAGCACAUUCGAAGGAACGUACAAAUACACACACGCAAAGUCCUUAUUUCUCUCUUAUUCGCAACGUAAAAUUGCGAACAGAUGGUGCUGUGUCGAUUUCAUUUCUACGGUGCGGUCACCUUCGGUAUAGCGCGAGCCGUGUUGCCAUGAGAUUUCGAAAGAUUGGUUAACGCGUCGACAAACAGUUUGUGCGCGUAUAUAUUCCACGAGGAAUAUUAUUUCAAUAGAGCUGAUAACCCUCGACGUUUGUCGUUUGUUUAUUUUGUGAGAUUCGGUAAACAUGAUUCUGAGAAAUUGCAGUGUAAAGCAAAGUGCGUAUUUAUAAUAAAUUCGAGUGCUACGCAGCAGAGGACAUUCGAGAAUCCUCUCAACGUCAUCUCAUCGCGUCGUUCGCACUGCAGGUUCAUGCAAGACAUUGUCAAGUAUCGGAUAAUGUUUCAAUCCAUCUCGGACUAUUCUCCUCUCGAGAUGAUCUUCAGGAUCGAUUUUUCGUGUUCUUCCUGUGCGUGGAAUAGAGACUGACGAUAUGGAUGCAGUAUGGCUUCGGUACUCUGGCAUGCUUCUGGGAAUAGUUUCGUUUCUCCCGCCUUUAUCUUGUUCCUGCUGCUUUGUCCUCGCAACAGUACAGAGUGUGAUCAAAAGUUUAUAAGCACUACUAAUGGUCCACCGAAUGGAACUUUUCACGCUCCGAUGUUGAUCAAUCCCGAUGGAGACUCCAGACAGUGCGUGUACACGUUUUUUGCCUGUCCAGGCGAGCGAGUUGAAUUGUUUUUCACCUCGUUUGGUCUGCGGGGGACUCCUCCAGGGGGAUCUGCCGUUGGAGAAUUACCAGCCUGCUUUCACGAAUAUAUUGACUUGUACGCGGAAAUACGGACGGAAAGUACUACCAAGUUGAUAGACACACCUUUUGGAGGACGCUUCUGCGGUCCGAUUCCACCACGCAGGCGCGUUUCCCUUUAUCAAGGAAUCGCCCUUAGCUUCUACACCGAUAGAAAUAUCACAUUACCUACCCUCUUCAGCGGUAUCUACAGGUUUAUCAAUGCCUCUGAAUACGAGGUGGGAACACCUGCUCCUAGCACCCCAUGCUCUUUUACGGUAAACUCGACGCACAAAAGUAACGGUAGCAUACUGUCUCCAACGUAUCCAGGCACAUAUCCGAAGGAUCUCGUUUGUAGUUAUCAGUUUAUCGGGAAAAGUAACCAAAGAGUACGGCUGGAGUUUCGAGACUUUGACUUGUUCUUCGGUGGUCCACAUUGCCCGUUGGAUUACGUCAAGGUGUACGACGGUCUGGACAAUACGUCCGCCGUGAUCGGUACGUACUGCGGCCAGCAACGAAACCUAGUAUUAUAUUCGUCCGAGUCCAGCCUGUUUGUGCUGUUCGCGACCAUCCAGCGCACCGCCAACACCCAGAAUCGCGGGUUCAAGGGGAUCUUUGAGUUCUCGGAAAGUUUCGUCAAGUUAGACUUCAUAACCGCUUACAAGGGCGAGCAUAUCCGUGGAUCGGAAUGCGAUCAGAAGAUUUUAAGCAAAAAGGAGUCGUCGGGGGACGUCGUUAGCCCGAACUUUCCCUAUCCUUACAUACCGAAGGUCGUCUGUCGGUAUUUCGUUUAUGGGAUGCAGGACGCGCAGCACCUUGAGCGCGUUCGAUUAGAAUUCACGACGUUCAACAUACCAAAGAAUAAAAGCACGGGAGACUCGUCGUGCACCGAUGGAUACUUGAAGUUGUACUUGAAAGGCCAAGAAGCAACGGAUUCCUACGACAAAUUCGAUCACGAAUUGUGCGGUUUAAAGAGCAAUCCCACUCAUGUAGUUAGCGAUGGUCCUAGACUCGUUAUGGUGUUUAGCAGUGGCGAAUCGCAGGGCCAGGGUUUUAAAGCACGGUACAGCUUCGAGACGGAAUACAAAAUACCAGGCACCGCGGCUCCAGAUGGUAGCUGUACAUUUACAUACCGCAGUUCCUCCCGCAAAAAGGGAGACUUUAAUUCUCCACGACAUCCUAGCAAUUAUCCAAGCGACACAAACUGCACGUAUUACUUUUUGGCGACGCCCAACGAACAAGUUACCUUGAUAUUCGAUAAUUUUAAAGUCAGGACGAAAAACACGAACGUGACAGCCGGCUACUACGGGCUCGACAUUUGCCAGGACGACUGGCUAGAGAUAUACAACAUGUACCGAGACAAGACGGAAAAAUUGAUAGGCAGAUACUGUGGCACCACUGCUCCAGGUCCAGUGGAAUCGAAUCUGGGUGCUCUAGGUCUAAGGGUGAUUCUACACUCGGACUCGGAGCUCGUUUACAGCGGCUUCAAGGCUCGGUACACGUUCGAGGUGGCCAAACCCAUAUUCGGAGAUUGCGGUUCGAACAUAAGUAGCUUAAAUUACGGGAUUAUCGCCAGUCCGAAUUUCCCUAACAAAUACGACGGACCCGAGAGGAACCACGCCAGCAAGACUUGCAAUUGGUUUAUAAGAGUUGGACCGAAUCAGAGAAUACUAUUAAACUUUGAAGAGUUCUCCGUGGAGGGUGAUCAGACAGCUCGUGGUUGCCCAGCUGCGGUGCUGCGCAUGUGGUAUUCCGCUUUGUCGACGCCAGUCGAGCUUUGCGGGGUUAAAACGGCGAACGUCAAUUGGACUUACCUCUCCGAGGAUAAUAACAUGCGUCUUAGCUUUAUACUGGCCGACAAAGCGGUUGGACAGCAAGGGUUCAGAGCUACGUGGACCGAAGUAAGCACGAACACUGACUGCCAGAAUCAGUUUAGCUGCAGUAAAAGUAGAUACUGCAUUGCAGAAUCGCUUCGGUGUAAUAACAUUUAUAAUUGCGGCCCGGCUGAUACUUCGGACGAGGAAAACUGUGACACGGCCGUCGUACGGACGGAUAGCUACGGUGAAGUCGCGGGAUACGUCGCUGGCGCGGUUCUGGUGGCACUGGUCGUUUGCCUCUUUUACCAUCGUAAACUGAAGAGACGCGUUCCGUCGGUACACCUGGACGACUUGCGUCAACGCGUAGACGAGACCCAUCGAUGUUACCAUCCCGAAAAUCUCCUUCACCAUCACCGUCAUCAUCACCAUCAUUAUCCUCAUCACCAUCAUCACCACGAGCAUCAACAGCAACAGCAGCAGCAUCAACACCAACACCAGCAUCAGCAUCAGCAUCAGCAUCAACAUCAACAUCAACAUCAACAUCAGCACCAACAUCAACAUCAACAUCAAUAUCAACAUCAACAUCAACAUCACCAGCACCAUUAUCAAGACGAGACGGACGAGUACGCGGCGAGAUAUCAGCUGGAGGCAUCGGCCAGUCCAGCCAGUGAGAGCGAUAACGAGCAAGCGUGCGUCGAGGAAGCCAGCAGCCUCGACAGCGUGUGACACCUCGUGCUGGAUCGCGUGAAACUCUUUGUUGCUGUACAUUGUUGGCCAAACUCUUUCUAUCGACUGGGUAUUCGUUUGACCUCGAUCGUGCAAAAAAGUCUACAAAGUUGCUAGGAUUUGCGGCAGUUUUGAGAAUGGAAAGGUGGAGUGGUGAUGGGACUAAUACCGUGUUGGUACUAUCGAUGCCAGAUAGUACAGUAUCAUUUUGUAUCGAACCAUUUUGAUAUCUACAUUGAUACGUGUUAAUCGCUUACAGUAUGUGGUAUCGAUUUUCAAUACCGAUACUUUUGUAAAGAGAAAAACUUCAUUUUUCAUGGAUAAAUGUCGUAAACGAGAAAUGUCGUAUAUUCUCGAAAGGUACUUCAUUUUAUAUGAAUACUACGAAUAAAGAUGCUCAUAACGAUGUACUGGAAAUCGGAAACGAAACUAUCAAGAAUUUAUUGUAUCGAUAAAUGUUUAAUAUCGCGUUUAUUGUCUUUGAUAUAUUUACAAUAAUAUCUAUGCAUAAUUCCAUGUUAAUUCUCAAAGCAUCGAUAUAGAAAUUUGAUACCGAGUACCCGACGUUUCGAUACUAUUCGAUGCUUCCCAUUAGGUCAAGUACUUUGCUAUCGAAUUGCUCAAAUAUCAUCACCAUAUAUCGUAAGAUUUGUCGUAUCAGUCCCGUCACUAACGUGGAUGCACCGUCGCGUUUCGUCGAGUAUCGUGCAUCCGUGUAACAAUAAUUAGAGCGAGUUUCGUUAGAGUGUUUGUGCUUGAUUCGUAUAGCAAAUGAUUCUCCUUUUCUUUUUCAAAUAUUUUAAACGUCCGAGUCUCUAGAGCCUUUGGUCUCUGGAGUUUCUAGAGCGUAUGCACGAUAUACACGGUAGCAACUGUAUCAUAGACGCUCUUGUAAUAUUACGUAUAAUUUUUGUAUACGCGCGUUUAGCGUGGUGCGUGCGCGUUGUAUCGAUCUGUGCACGCACGUGCACAAAUGUAGACAUAAUUUAAAAGGGUCGUAUUAGUGAAUUCCAGCGAGUAAUCCGAUGAGUCGUGGAUGUAAUUAUACGUUAAGCUGUAGGGUUGAGCAUCGGAAUUAAUUUCAACCGCAGGCCAGGGAUGGGCAAAGUGUAUUUCAUGUAGUAAUCGAGCGACGAAUAUCUUGCUAAUUUAUAUUAUUGUGUUUGUACUCGAUUGCUUCAAAGUAUUCGCAUGUUUUCAUUAGACGAUUAUAUAGCUACCUAAUACUUUUAUUCGUGAAAUGCAAAAUACGCAUACGAAUUUGGUAUCUUGUAAUUUUCUAGUGAAUGCCAAACGUAUCAGGAUUUUAUAUUUAAUCGUCGAGUAAGCAUAGACUUUAUUCCGAGCACGGGUCACGUAUGUUUAGUAUUUCGAAUGUAUGUGUUCGAUUAAAGAAUCAUUCGGACGUGCUCAUCCCCGCCAAAGACGUCAUUUUGGUUGAUUAGUUGCUCGAACUGGAAGUGGAAAAGCGUCAGGAAAUCAGCGUAAUUGUUAUCAACGAUGUCUCGAUACUCUUGUUCCUUCGAAAGAACGCGAAAUAUAUUUUUACGCCGAGUUAACUCGAUUCGUUGAUGAUGUUGUUGUUGUUGUUGUUGUUGUUGUUGUUAUCGCUGUUGCUGUUGCUGUUGCUGUUGCUGUUGCUGUUGCUGUUGCGUAACCAAUACCGGUACAUUUCACAUGUAUCCUAAAUCCUAUCGGCACCGUCUAUCGCUUCUACUCUGUUUCUCGAUAAUUAAACAUUUGUAUACAUAUGUAGAUAUGCAUCGUUAUCGUUUUAGUAUCCAACGAUACGAAUUUUGUAUCGAAUUUUGUUGCGCGGUCAGGGAAACUGUAAUAGUCCAAGUGUGUGUAAUUUUAUGGUUUCGACCUUGGUCCGACCUUUGUUCGUGUGUCUUUAUAUGUCUUCGAGGAAAGUGUUGCGCAAUACGUGACUUGUACGCGAUAAACUUUGUACGAGUAGACUUGAUGCCUUUUUACCAAGAAACAGUUACAUCGUAACACAGUUUUCUACGCUCAAACGCGAAAACUUACCGAAUACGAUCCAUCCAUGCGCAACAGGUAGCUCGAGGAUACAAACACGUAAUUAUCUUGACGAACAUUCUUUUUUAAACGCGACGUAUACCAGGGAUGUUCGAUUCUAAAUUUAUUUGAUUUUCUUUAAGCUAUUCAGAAUUUUUUAGGAAUUUUUUUGUUGGAAUUUCAACAUCAGAUUUCAAGAUUUACAUUUUUUUAAUUUGCAUCAGAUUCUUUUUCUAGGAUCAAUUUCUCCUCAAGAGUCGAACAUCCCUGAUUCCAGCCAGUGGUGUUAGACGGAUCGAGAAUUUUGACGCAUGUGAUCGAGUGGAAACUGCCGAACAGUUUCUCGAAAAUUAAUAAACAGCCCAAGGUAAGAGGAAAUGAGGUAUACAUAUGUACAUGCAAAUACAAUUAUAAAGUGUUGAGUAAUUUAUAUAAUGUAUCGAUAGAAAGUAUAAGCUACGGUAAGGAGGGAUACUGAACGAAACGUUCAAACUGACCAUCGGUAUUCUAUUAUCGAAAAGAAACAUUUUAUUUAAACAGUAGAAAUUGUAGAGAAUAAUACAUUAAAAAAUAAAUUUGAUUCGAUCUGCCUCGGUAAAGCUGGCGGUCAUGUCAGAUCCGCGCGCAGGUCGCGCAUGCGUGCACAAUCCUGUCCGUCUAGCACAACAUUUCUAACCUCGCUCUCCACUCACACUUCCCCUUGUCGUUCAUCCAGAUUACUUUUACCUGCAUGACCAAACAUUAACAAUAAACAUUAUUUACGACUACUUACACCGGUAUAUUAAUCCCGCGUAUGCGUGAAUGUUUAAUUAACGAUAAAUGCUGUCAUUUGAAAUUGUAACGCGUCACCAACGCGUCGAGUUACACGAAUUAAUUGAACUGUGAAUAUUAAAAUAGCAGUGUCGUCAUGUCGUAUACCUAGCAAAAAGAUAAAUGGAUAAAAGUGUGAACAUCGAAAGUGGGACGAGCCUUUUGUGUAUUUGUACGGUAAUGUUGGAACGACUCGAGAUAUAUAGGAUCAACGCGAAGAUGAACGGUCGCGGGACGCAACGACGAAAUUUUUCUACGUCGAGGAGCUGUGUUCAAUAUCUUUUACCCUCGUACCAAAAAUACAGCGCGAUGUAUUCUCGUAUUGUAGAUAAAGCUCGUUAGCUCGUUACGAAACGAUCGGAAAAUUUCGCACACGAUAUACUUUGUAGCGGAGAUGGAUAGAAUUUUAUCGGAAUAAUAAAAUAAAGUAAGUCUUGCACAA